UCUAUAACGACCUGGUUAGUUCCUCAUGCAAAUUGUCGAUCUAACCACACCUAUAUAAGCUAUCUUUUCCCCACAAAUCUUUCCCAUAACAUCUAUCCAUCUCUAUCACCACCUCUCUCAGAAAAUAACAAUGGCACAGCCAGACUAUUCAAAUUCUAAAUAUGGUGCUUUCGCUCUAACAAUUGCAUGUUUAAUAGUAGCCGCAUUUGCUGGCAAUUUUUGUGAUGAAAUGGACAUCACUUUUGGUGGUGAACGUGCUAAAAUUCUCAAUGGUGGUCAGGAUCUUUAUCUUUCACUUGAUCAGUACUCCGGCUCUGGUUUUCAGUCCAAGAACGAGUAUCUAUUUGGAAGGUUCGACAUGCAACUCAAACUAGUACCUGACAACUCUGCUGGCACUGUCACCACGUUCUAUUUGUCAUCACAAAGCACCGGACGUGACGAGAUAGACUUUGAAUUUUUGGGCAACUCGACAGGAAACCCUUACACCAUCCACACCAAUGUGUACUCGCAGGGGAAAGGAGAUAAAGAACAGCAGUUUCACCUUUGGUUCGACCCUACUGCAGCCUUCCACACAUACACUAUCCUAUGGAACUCACAAAGAAUCAUUUUUUAUAUAGAUGACAUCCCACUAAGGGUGUUCAAUAACCAUGAGGCUAUUGGGGUCUCCUUUCCUAAGAGCCAACCAAUGAAGGUGUAUUCCAGCUUGUGGAAUGCCGAUGACUGGGCAACCCAAGGUGGGCGUGUGAAGACCGACUGGACUAAGGAACCUUUCACCGCUUCAUAUAGGAAAUUCAAUGCCAAUGCCAACAAAGUGAGCCCCGAUUCAAAGUCAACAAGUUCGAGAAAUGAAAACCAAGCAUGGCGUACCCAAGGACUUGAUGCAGCAGGGCGAAACCGGAUCAGGUGGGUGCAAAAUAAGUACAUGAUCUAUAACUACUGCAACGACUACAACCGGUUUCCCAAUGGUCUUCCAGUUGAAUGCACACGGCCUAGAUUCCUCUAAAGCGUACCCAAGAUCUUGAUUGGCAUAUUUCAUUAAUAUGCUAUCAAUGCUUUUUUAAUCUAGAAAGUUUUUUAUUCUUUAUUUGUUGUACACUAAAUAACUUGAGAUUUUGAAUAAUUAUCGAAGUACUAUAAUGUCAUCUCCAACAAGGAGAUUUUGGGUG